GCUGGUCAGCCCUGGUACUGCAGCCCGCACGGCAGGGGAACCCAGGAAGGCAGGUCGCUGGACACAGGAUUUCCAGGAGCUGGCUGGGAAUCAGUUAUUGUCCAGUUUAGCUGGACAUCAGGGGCUGGCACAUCAGGCUGCGCAGCGGGCAGAGGCACGUCAGGCUGGGCAGCGGGCAGAGGCACAUCAGGCUGGGCAGUGGGCAGAGGCAUGACAGCGGGCACAGAGUCAUCUGGCACAACAGCGGGCACCGAGUCAUCUGGCACGACAGCGGGCACCGAGUCACCAAGCUCGACAGCGGGCACCGAGUCACCGGUCAAGUCAGCGGGCAUCGAAUCAUCGGGCAAGUCAGCGGGCACCGAGCCAUCUAGCAGAACCACGGGCACUGGGUCACCAAGCUCAACAGCAGGCACCGAG